UUACAUCAGGGUCCCCAUCAGAGGCCUCCCUUACAUCAGGGUCCCCAUCAGAGGCCUCCCUUACAUCAGGGUCCCCAUCAGAGGCCUCCCUUACAUCAGGGUCCCCAUCAGAGGCCUCCCUUACAUCAGGGUCCCCAUCAGAGGCCUCCCUUACAUCAGGGUCCCCAUCAGAGGCCUCCCUUACAUCAGGGUCCCCCCCAUCAGACUCCUCCCUUACAUCAGGGUCCCCGUCAGACUCCUCCCUUACAUCAGGGUCCCCAUCAGACUCCUCCCUUACAUCAGGGUUCCCAUCAGACUCCUCCCUUACAUCAGGGUUCCCAUCAGACUCCUCCCUUACAUCAGGGUUCCCAUCAGACUCCUCCCUUACAUCAGGGUUCCCAUCAGACUCCUCCCUUACAUCAGGGUUCCCAUCAGACUCCUCCCUUACAUCAGGGUUCCCAUCGGACUCCUCCCUUACAUCAG